AUGGAAGAGGAGAAGAAAAAGCCUGUACGAGUGUGGGUCGAUGGCUGCUUUGACAUGGUUCAUUUCGGCCACGCAAAUUUUCUACGCAUUGCGAAAUCAAUGGGGGACUAUUUGGUUGUUGGGGUUCACACGGACGAAGACAUAACCUUACACAAAGGCCCUCCUGUGUUUGACCAAGAGGAACGUUACAAAAUGGUUCGUGGAAUCAAAUGGGUGGACGAAGUGGUUCCUGGUGCUCCGUACGUCACAUGUAUUGAGACCUUGGACAAAUACAACUGUGAUUUCUGCGUGCAUGGAGAUGACAUCACGAUGACAGCUGAAGGAGUGGAUACGUAUCACUUGGUGAAAGCUGCUGGACGAUACAAGUAG